AUGUGUUCAGAGAGAGGUGUUUAGAAACUCCGACCCGAGACGUAUCAGUACAGUCACUAUGUACCGUCUUAUUACCCGUCUUAUUACCGUCCUGUGGGUCGUGGCGGCCGCUGAUGUUGAAGUUUCAACCGUCUCUCAGGAUGAACUUCGUUCAGCAGUGAUUGUGAACCAGUUGUUGUUAUCUCAACAAACAGACAUCCUGAAGGAGCUGCUCAACAACACACAACACAACCAAGGUCCGUACUGCCCUUACCCAUAUACACAGGUCCUGGACGAGUGCUUCUACCUGAGUACACAUAAAUUGACCAUGGAGAAGGACGCCAACACUGCCAGGGAAUGAUGGGAGACUUGGCUACUCCCAAACACCCCUAUGCUCUCAAGUCUUUCAUCAUAAACAAAAAUAGUUGGAAACACCCUUGUGUACGUGGGCGCCACAGGGUUCGUGGGCGGCAGAAACGCCAAGGAAAACCGUCCGUUUAAGUGGCUGGACGGGAGGCACAUCGCCACUAGCGACUGGGCGAGUACCGAACCCAACAACCACGAUGGAUCAGAAUAUUGUGUUGCCCUCAACCAUCAACUUCACCCGCCACUUCUCGAUCUUCCCUGUUCCAGUUUUUCCAGGUCCGUACUGCCCGCACCCUUACACACAGGUCCUGGACGAGUGCUUCUACCUGAGUACUCACAAACUCACCUGGGAGAAGGCACGCCAACACUGCCAGGGAAUGUUGGGAGACUUAGCUUCACCCAAACACCCCUAUGCUCUCAAGUCUUUCAUUAUAAGCUCAAUAGGAAUUGGCGAUGAUAAGACAGUGUUCGUGGGCGGCGAAGACGAGAGUAAAAACCGUCAGUUUAAGUGGCUGGACGGGAGAGUCAUCGCCACCAGCGACUGGUCACCAGGCGAACCCAACAACAGCCACGGAAGAGAAUUCUGUGUUAACCUGUACAAUACUCGUCACCCAGUAUUUAACGAUAUUUCCUGCGAUGAGCAACAUCUUUUCGCUUGUCAGUAUUACAGACCUAAGGCAAACUAGUCAAUAAUGUCUUAGUGUACAUCCACCGUGUAAUGUUGCAAGUCAACACUGGCUGUUUUUCACUUAGCUUUUAAGAGCUUCUGAGUUAAGGGAGUGUAUUGUUCCUACAUUAUGUGGAGAAGGGAAGGAGGCACUGAAAACCGAGACAGGGAAUCAGAAGAGGUUAUGACCUGACUGACGGUGACACUACAGCACGACGGCUGUCAGUGAACCUUUUCACGAUGAAGUGAAGGUUUAUAAGCGAAAUCUAGUAGAUUACUUAACUGUAAGUAACCAUUUUCGUAUUAUUGUGUAUUCUCAAAUUCUUUUAACUAUGUAUUAGACCAGUGCAUUCUCCUAAGUAUUAUUAUAUUAUUCCCUCAAAAUAAUUAUAUUUCUAAGUCGUAUCUUAUAAGAGUAAUAACAUAUUCCUUAUAAUUUCAUUAUUAGUGUAAUAAAUAAUUGCAUUUUCUCAUGCAGUUGGUAUAUCAUUUUUGUAAUUAUAGUCGCCCUCUUGUGAAAGGGCAAUUUAAAUGGUAACAACUGCAGUAACGGGAAGAAAAGGACUUCACAAGUGUUGUGUGGCGUGGGUGAGGAGGCUUCGCUUCGCUUCUCAUGACCCGAGUCUUUGGUAAGAUGGGUAAGGAAGAAGGAUGGGUAAGGAUAGAAUUAUUGGAAAAGGGUGGGAGGGGGGAGUGAGGUAGGAUAUAAAAGGGAAGUGACACAACCACUUUGGUGCAAUUUAAAAAGUGUAUGUGCAAUAAUAGAAAAUUCUUGAAGGGGUAUAAUACUAACCCAUCAGAGUCACAUAGAUAUAACAGAUAUAUAGGUACAUGACUCUGAAUUAUUGGUAGUAGAUAUACAAGUUGCAAUUUUUUUUUUUUUAGCGAUUGCAUAACGAAUAUUUAAACGGCAAGGCAAGGCGGUAAUUGUCUACAGAACUCAUGAAGAAUUACUUGACAUGUUAGCUUCUUUCAAGGUGGUGUCCCGCCAUAGUAAAUGUAGCGAGUUUAUAUCAGUAUAUUGUUAUACAAGAUGUCUCCCUAAUUAGGGGCGAUAAUUUUCUUAGUAGACAUAGAAGGGUUCUGGUGUUACCCAAUCGUCUUCAUCUGCAGGAAGGUUGCUCAAGAUCAUUGGUCGAUGGUAAUCCUCUUUAUGGAUGAAGCGACGCAGCCUCUGUGGGAGAGUCAUUCUUUGGGUCCUGUGAGGAGGAGUAUUAAUGAUAUAGUCAGUGGUAUUUUCAACUUGGAGAGGAUGUUCUCUAUCUGGCAUGUAGAGUUCUUGCAUUGCAUAGAGUUGUCUCUUCUUCAGCGUAUCAAGGCGUACAUUUAAGGCAGUAAUAUCCUGUUGUACGUGUAAAUCUACCAUUUUGACUCUGUCUCUCCUCCUGGUACCCGUAAGAAAGCGAAGAGGGUAAGGAGGAUGCAGGAGGAACAUUGCAAGGCUGAGGCUUGAGUUCACUUCUACACUGAACUGUGAUGUCUUCACAUGGGUGUGUGAUAAAGCCAGCUCUUUGUUGAGUUGAGAGAGUUGGCAGGUCUGAGUGUUGGUGGAUACUGAGGUAAGACAGUAAGCCUAAGAAAAUCCUGCUUACUAAUGAAAGUAAAAUAAAUGUUUAAAUAUAUAAUACUGAAACAUGUUUUGAAAAUGACUUUGUAAUUGGAAAAAAUGCAGUAGAAUGGC